UCGAUCUUUGGACUUUUGAAGAUAUGUCGACUACUAUACUAGAAGGAGUCGACAAUGAGGUUUUGCUUGCAUUCGUUGUUCUCAUCGCAGUUGGGGUUUUCACGCUUUUAUAUUAUUUCAGUAGCAGUGGACAGUCGUCGUAUAAUCUUUUAAACAGCUGGCAGUACUUGAGGAAUUUUUUUGAGAGAGAAUUUGCAGACACUCAAAGAGAAGAGAGACAAUCUCCAGACGGGACUAGUUCAGUAGAUAAUAAUGACAGUAGAAAUGUUCAAGACAGUCCAAUAGACGAUAACGACCGCCAGGAAGCUUCUCAGACAGAAACUGUUCAUGACAAUCAACGGGCUAAUUCGGAUUUUGCUGGUCCAUCUAGGGCCCAGACAAAGGGGUCACAUGAAGAGGGGCAAAGCUGUAGGACAGGGUUAGGUACCAGUGAAGAAACGCCUGGUGGGACUACAGAGUCUAGGUCUGAACAAAAUGAACCCUGCUCUACACCUGGACAACUGACCCUGAGAAUAAAACACCAUGAGGUGGAGAGAAACUAUGCCGUUGGUGCAAGCACCACCGUUGGUGAACUGAAAAGAUUAAGUUUUCCAAGUGAGGUUGCUCAAGGCAGGAGAGUACGGCUCAUUUACAGUGGAAGACUUCUACAUGAUGACUCGGACAGUUUGUCCUCGUAUGGCAUCAGUAAUUUCUCAGUAAUACAUGCUCAAGUUUCAGACAUGCCUCAGGUAAAUGCUUCCCAGCAAGGGCAACGGGACAAUGAAAUAGAGUUAGACAUCAGUAGACUGUUCAUACCUCUCCUGACAUUUAUCUUGUGUGGUUGUUGGUAUGGAUUGAUUAGCUAUCGACAACUGUUCAAUACUACAUCAACUGCUAUUCUUGUUAUUGUGACUGCUGCAUAUGCAUUCAUGGUAUAUGUUAUGCUUGGGUAAAGAAAAGUCCCAUCUUUAUAAAAAAUGGUAAGUUCUGAUCUUUAACGCAAAUUCAUAAGAAAAUUAGAUUAAAGAUAUCAUCAAUAUAAAAAAUUAUGUCAGAUUGACCUUUAAUUGUGUUCAUACUGCAAACCAACAAAUACAAGGAUCUCCUGUGCCACAAGAAUUUGAGUUAAUAGUUGUAUGCAUAGAACAUUGGUAGUGCGUGUGAAUUACAGUAGACAAAAUUGAAACAUGUAUACAUGUACGUACAGCUGUAUACUGAGGAAUUUGUAUCCCAUUAUAAAAAAAUCGAUUUAGUCAUUUAUAAAGGACCAUUCACUAAUUUUAUGAAAUUGAG